AUGGCUACUCAGACCGUGAAAUACUGGUUAACGGAACAUCCUAACAUCGUUAACUUCCGUUGGAGCCCCACUCAAUCAUACGCCUCCACGUGGUUUUUCCUCUUCACCGCCGUUUUAUUCUACGUCAUCGCCGCCGUCUCUCUCCACGUCCUCCUCGCACUCCUCCGACGCCGACGCGGCCUCUCCCUCGGUCCCAUCCCAGCUCUCCACAGCUUAGCCAUGGCGUUAAUCUCCGCCGUCAUCUUCGUCGGAAUCCUCCUCUCCGCCGCCGCGGAGAUUCGCGACACGCGCUGGCUAUGGCGGCGAACGCGAACCACGGCGAUCCAGUGGUUCCUCUGUUUUCCCGUGGGGACACGCGCUUCGGGACGCGUGUUCUUCUGGUCGUACGCGUUUUACCUCUCUCGGUUCCUUCACCUCUUCAGAACCUUCUUCGCGGUGAUACGACGUCGUAGGCUCAGCUUCUUCCAGCUCAUCAACCAGUCUUCUCUCCUCUGCAUCUCCUUCCUCUGGCUCGAGUACUCUCAGUCCUUCCAGGUUGUGGCGAUACUGUUAACGACCGUUUCUUACGCCGUCGUAUACGGUUACAGAUUCUGGACGGCGAUUGGGUUACGUGGCGCGUGUUUUCCGUUGGUCGUUAGCUGUCAAGCCGUUCUGUUAGGGUGUUUGACUUUGUGCCACGUAGGCGUGUUGUGCAUACACCUGGUCAAACGCGGCGGUUGUAACGGUAUCGGUGCUUGGCUGUUUAACUCCGUUCUAAACGCCGUUAUCUCGUUGCUCUACUUGAAGUUUUACGUCAAGACGCGUUCGUUAAGCCACACGUAA